UAAUGUCCUUUUUUUUAGAGGACCAAAGAACUCAAAGAACGCUACUUCUUGUUCUAAAGGCUCUAGCUUGACAGAAUACAAUACUAUGUCUAAUACUUGGGGUAACUUCACCCUGAAUACAAAUAUACCAACCGACGCCAUUUCUAUUGGGUCGUCAGCUACUCUGGAUCAAAAAUCUGGCAUUGUCUACUUCUUUGGAGGAACUCAUGUUGACAGCUCAUGCAAUAACAACGUCUAUUUGAAUUUUACAGCAGGGUAUACACUUGAUACUAAAAAUGGAAUAUGGUCGCAGAACAAUUAUACAUCAAGUAACGGGAAAUUUCCUUCCCCAAGAGCUCAGUUCACUACUGUACUUGGUACGAAUAGUGAUUUUUUAGUUAAUUCAAUUUAUAACUCUUUAAUAGCACCAAACUCACGGCAUAUUAUUUUAUAUGGUGGACAAAAUGACAAUGAAGUUGUCUCAGAUUAUCUUUAUACACUCAAUCUUGAUAACAACACCUGGACACAUGUCAAUUUAGAUACAACUGGCCAGGUCCUCACAAGGUCAUAUCAUUCAGCUGUUCUUGUGAAUACAACGCUUUUUAUUCUUUUUGGAUACCAGACAAAAGGGUCACUAGCUGCUGGUUCCAUUGCGCUUGAUGUAUCUGACGUGACAAAUAUACAGUUACUGAAUCAAUAUCCUCCUUGUAUUGAGAAUAUUACCACGCAACAACAGCCAAGUACUACACCUCAGCCUCUUCUGCCACCAAAAAGCUUAACUGUUGGAGCAAAAGCUGGUAUAGCUAUUGGUGUCAUCAUUGGAACAACGGUGAUUUUUGGUGUAUGUUUCUUAUUAUACCGUAAAAGAGCGAAAAGGCUGGAUCAAUCAGCUUAUCAAGCUCAAAAGGAAGAAGAUACAAAAGAUCCUGAUGCUUUAGAUUGGGACAAGAUUGAAAAUGAACAUCUUGAACUUAAAAGGCCUCCGGCAUUAAACCAGCCUAGGCCUACCUCUAGUCUGGUACGAUUUACACCGGACGCUGAUCUUAAUAGCACGUACACCAUCCAUAAGGCAGAAGACAUAUCACAGACACCAGAUGCGCGUCUCUAAUUUCUUUGUAGACACAUAUUACAAAUGAAUCCAGUGAUAAGAAAUGCAC